CUCCGCUCCCUCCGCCCCGCUCGCACUGUUUGGGAGCAACCGGCCGAGCCAGCGGCGCCCCGGCCCCGCCAGCGCAGCGAGGCCCCGCGGACCGGCCCUCGCCCAGCCCCGGCGCGCACCCCGGCCCUCGUCCCUCUCGUCAUGUCCCUCAAGCAAGCGGCGGCGCCGCAGGCCGCCGGCAACAACCGCAAGCCCCCCGGCGGCGGCGGUGGCGGCCCCGGCCUCCCGUCAGCCGCGGGCGGCGGGAGGCAGAACAUGGGCAGAGGUCGCAGCAGUGGCAAAGGACCGCCUCAGCCUACUAUUUCUUUUGAUGGCAUCUAUGCAAACAUGAGAAUGGUUCACAUACUGACAUCAGUUGUUGGAUCCAAAUGUGAAGUACAGGUGAAAAAUGGUGGUAUAUAUGAAGGAGUUUUUAAAACCUACAGUCCUAAGUGUGAUUUAGUGCUCGAUGCUGCUCAUCGGAAAACUGCAGAAUCCAGUUUGGGGCCAAAACGUGAAGACAUACUAGAGAGUAUCUUGUUCAAGUCUUCAGAUUUUGUGAUGGUGCAUUUUAAGGAUAUGGAUACCAAUUAUGCAAGAAGAGAUGCUUUUACUGAUUCAGCCAUCAGUGCUAAAGUCAACGGUGAACACAAGGAGAAGGAUCUUGAACCAUGGGAUGGAGGAGAGACCACCGCUUCGGAGGAGCUUGAGGCAUUAGAGACAGAUGUUUCUAAUGGAUGGGAUCCCAAUGACAUGUUUCGUUACAAUGAAGAAAAUUAUGGUGUAGUAUCAACUUAUGACAGCAGUUUAUCUUCUUAUACGGUGCCAUUAGAAAGAGAUAAUUCAGAAGAGUUUUUAAAACGGGAAGCCAGAGCAACUCAAUUAGCAGAGGAAAUCGAAUCAAGUGCCCAAUACAAAGCUCGGGUUGCCUUGGAAAAUGAUGAAAGAACAGAAGAAGAAAAAUACACUGCUGUUCAGAGAAAUGCUAACGAACGAGAAGGCCACGGUGUGAACACUAGAGAAAAUAAAUACAUUCCACCUGGACAGAGGAAUAGAGAUGUCCUGUCCUGGGGAAGUGGAAGACAAAACUCACCAAGGAUGGGCCAGUCUGGAUCAGGCCCACCAAUUUCAAGGUCUGGAUCCCAUACUUCAGAAUUCAGUCCUAACUCUGGAGCAGAUCAAAGAGUAGUUAACGGAGGUGUUCCCUGGCCAUCGCCUUGCCCAUCUCCUUCCUCUCGCCCACCUUCUCGCUACCAGUCAGGUCCCAACUCUCUUCCACCUCGGGCAGCCACCCCUACACGGCCGCCCUCCAGGCCCCCCUCGCGGCCCUCCAGGCCCCCGUCUCACCCCUCUGCUCAUGGUUCUCCAGCUCCUGUCUCUACUAUGCCUAAACGCAUGUCUUCAGAAGGGCCUCCACGGAUGUCUCCUAAGGCACAACGGCACCCUCGAGGUCACAGAGUCUCUACUGGUAGGGGUACAAUUUCAAGUGGCUUAGAAUUUGUAUCUCAUAAUGCACCAGGGGAAGCAUCUACUACUGCAGUGCCACGAGGCAGCCCUUCAGGUGGGACGUGGUCAUCAGUUGUCAGUGGGGUUCCGAGAUUAUCCCCUAAAACACACAGGCCUAGGUCUCCAAGGCAGAGCAGCACUCCCAUGGGACCAGCUCUGCCUUCUCCUCAGCCUGGAACUAUUCCCACUGAAUCUGUUGCCAUGCCUGUUCCAGCUGCCUCUCCUACACCUGCCAGCCCUGCAUCCAACAGAGCAGUUACCCCUUCCAGUGAAGCUAAAGAUACUAGGCUUCAAGACCAGAGGCAAAAUUCUGCAACUGGAAACAAGGAGAAUAUAAAGCCAAGUGAGACUUCUCCUAGUUUUCCUAAACCUGAAAACAAAGGUGUAUCUCCAAUUGUUUCAGAACAUAGAAAACAGAUUGAUGAUUUAAAGAAAUUUAAGAAUGACUUUAGGUUACAGUCGAGUUCCUCUUCAGAUGCAGUGGAUCAGCUGCUAAACAAAACCCGAGAAGGUGAAAAAUCAAGAGAUGUAGUUAAAGAAAAGACAGAAUCAACCCCUAAAGAAUCUAUCAUAGAAACUGGCAGUAAUACUAACUCUAACGGUGGCAGUAGCAAACCUAAUAGUCCAAGUAUUUCUCCUUCAAUAAGUAAUAGUUCUGAGCAAAAGCGAGGGCCUGAGGUAACUUCACAAGGUGUACAGACAUCUGGGCCUGGAAGUAAACAAGAUAAAGAGGAUAAAGAGGAGAAGAAAGAUACUUCUGAGCAAGUUAGAAAAUCAACACUUAAUCCUAACGCAAAAGAGUUCAACCCUCGAUCUUUUGCUCAACCGAAACCUUCUACUACACCAACCUCCCCUCGUCCGCAAGCUCAACCUAGCCCCUCCAUGGUGGGCCAUCAGCAGCCAACCCCAGUGUACACUCAGCCUGUUUGUUUUGCACCAAAUAUGAUGUACCCGGUUCCAGUGAGUCCAGGCGUGCAGCCUUUGUAUCCAAUUCCCAUGACGCCCAUGCCAGUGAACCAAGCCAAGACAUAUAGAGCAGGUAAAGUACCAAAUAUGCCACAGCAACGGCAAGACCAACAUCAUCAGAGCACCAUGAUGCAUCCUGCCUCAGCAGCAGGCCCUCCUAUUGUAGCUACGCCACCUGCUUAUUCAACACAAUAUGUUGCAUAUAGUCCCCAACAGUUUCCUAAUCAGCCUCUUGUGCAGCAUGUGCCACACUACCAAUCUCAGCAUCCUCAUGUUUAUAGCCCUGUAAUACAGGGCAACGCUAGAAUGAUGGCACCACCAACACACGCACAGCCUGGUUUAGUAUCUUCUUCUGCAACACAGUAUGGUGCGCAUGAACAGACGCAUGCUAUGUAUGCAUGUCCCAAAAUACCAUACAGCAAGGAGACAGGCCCUUCUUUCUACUUUGCCAUUUCCACUGGCUCACUUGCUCAGCAGUAUGCCCACCCUAAUGCUACCCUGCAUCCGCAUCCUCCGCAUCCUCAGCCUUCUGCCACACCAACUGGCCAGCAGCAAAGCCAACAUGCUGGAAGCCACCCUGCUCCUAGCCCCGUGCAGCAUCAUCAGCACCAGGCUGCUCAGGCACUCCACCUGGCAAACCCACAGCAGCAGUCGGCAAUUUACCACGCAGGUCUAGCUCCAACCCCACCUUCCAUGACGCCAGGCUCCAAUACGCAGUCUCCACAAAAUAGUUUUCCUACAGCACAACAAACAGUCUUCACCAUUCAUCCCUCCCAUGUUCAACCUGCAUAUACCAAUCCGCCACACAUGGCCCAUGUCCCCCAGGCUCAUGUACAGUCAGGAAUGGUUCCUUCUCACCCAACUGCCCAUGCUCCAAUGAUGCUAAUGACGACACAGCCACCUGGUGGUCCCCAAGCCGCCAUCGCUCAAAGUGCACUACAGCCCAUUCCAGUCUCGACAACAACAACAUUUCCCUAUAUGACGCACCCUUCAGUACAAGUCUACCCACCAACAGCAGUUGGUAAGGUCUCAUUCUGGAAUAACUGAAGGCUGGAUUACCUUUGUGUAGGCCAAUACCCUCCUUCCUAGCUGCUUCUGCCAACUGGAAGCACAGAAAACCUAUGAAUUUCAUUUUAUUUGUUUAAAAAAAAAAAAAAAAAAAACCAAACACCACAAAAAACACAAAAAGGAAAUUGAUUUCUUGUAACAUCCACUAGGAAUGCUAACAGUUCAUCUUGCAGUGGGAGAGAUUCGGACUGAGUAGAGGCAUUUAGGAACUUGUGGGCUAUUCCAUAAUUCCAUGCACUGUAUCUUGAGUCCUGCAAGUGCCCCAACUCUGCUUGCUGAAAACUGGAAGUUAUUUAUUUUUUAAUGACCCUUCAAAGUUACGACUCAAUCAGCUAGCGAAAGAAGUAACAAGAGUGAUUCUUGCUGCUAUUCUCACUAAAAAUCAAGACUUGGAGAUCCCUUUUACUUCUAACUAAACUUGAAACAGGUUCAGUAAAAAAA